UCACCUUCCCGUUUGCUCUUCCUUCGUUGUCAUAUCGUGUCUCAUCGCCGCCACAUAAACAGCGAGGGUUUUGCAGCAAACAUGAAUGGGAAAGCUUCCGUUUCUAAGGAGCUUCAUGCCAAACACACCAAGAUCUUAGAAGGACUUCUUAAGCUACCUGACAACAAGGAAUGUGCAGACUGUUGGACCAAGGCACCGCGAUGGGCUAGUGUGAACUUAGGAAUUUUCAUUUGCAUGCAGUGUUCAGGGAUUCAUCGGAGUCUUGGAGUGCAUAUAUCGAAGGUGAGGUCCACAACUUUGGAUACAUGGCUACCAGAUCAAGUUUCUUUCAUGCAAUUUAUGGGUAAUGUGAAGUCAAAUAAGCAUUGGGAGGCUAAACUACCACCGGAUUUUGACAGAAAUGGAUAUGGAGUCGAGAAAUUUAUCCGUGCCAAGUAUGUGGAGAAAAGAUGGGCUUUGCAAGGCAAACUACAAUCAGCUCCGAAGUCGACUGAAAUCUUCUUUGAGAUCAAAGAGUUACCAGUUGCGGCGGCCAAGAAUGGUAUUCAGAAAAACAGGAGAUUGUCUCUUGAGGAAAGCAUUCUAGUGAAUCACAUGGCACAGAUUCGGCCUCCAAUAGCGAAAUCUCACGAGGGCCCCUUAGAUUUACCGAUGAUGAUUUCACCACCACUGUUAAAGAGGCCAUCGACAUCACUUGAUUUUGAUAACGUCAUUGGAAAUAACAACAGUACCAUCGAUCUUUUUAACUUGCUUUCCAUCCACGACGAUAAGCAUAAUACCUCAACUACACCUCCUAGUUGGACAACAUUUGAUUGAGAAGGCGUGUGAAUUGUGUUUGUUCAUAGAUUGUUGAGCUAGAUUUUCGGAUAGAUGUCACAAGAUUACGAUUGCAGAAGUUCUUGCCAUGUUGCACAAACAUCGAUAUGUACUAAUCUGGUGAGUACUUGUCUCAUUUCAAUUUAAUAAUGCUAAUUUGAUGUUUAUCUUUAUCUCCACAAU